AUAACCUCACUUUUGUAAACCACCAAAUGAAAUGAAUAGGAAUACAUUAUUACAGUAUUGUUAAAGUUCUCUACUUUGUAGAAUAUUUUGUAGGCCCAUUUUUCAUUAUUUUAUUAUUGCAAUCAGGACCCUGCUUGACUUGAUAGUUCAUUAUAGUAAGUUUUUGUUCAAACAAUAAGUGUUAACAAUACAUCAAGUUAAAAACUUCCUAUAAAAAAUAACCCAUAACAUAAGCCUAAUAUAAGUUUUAUAUACACAUCGGCUAAACUCUAGGACCAGUGCCGAAAUACCUGUCAUCAAUUUUUUGGUUGGAAUCGAUUUAGCUUAGGAUUAUUCAGUAUCUUACUCUGUUUUCCUGGAAAACACAUUCCCAACACUUCAAAUGAGGUUGUACAAAUAAAUUGGAACUCACAAUCCUCGUCAUUACUAUUGGUGUGCAUGGUAAUCCGGUGGCCUGCCAUUGGCUGAAAAGUCUCUGAGCUGGCUUGGAAUUGCGAUUUCUAUUGUGCAGACUACCAGGAAACCGGCUUGACAGACAAAAAACAAAAUUCAAAAGUUAUCAAUCCAAAAUGGAAGAAGAAUUUGCACGGUCAUGAAAAAUUUGAACAACACGUUUAGGAAUUUGAUUGGUGUCGAGACGUCCAAAAUUUGAAAUAUUCUCCAUUUUGUAUUUCUAUACAAACAAGAAUGGCCGAAACAGCGAUCAAAUUGAACAAGUUCAGUCGCAAUAAGAGAUGUACCCUGUGCAAAGGCAGAGAGGCCGAUGAAAUCACCUAUGGCUCCGUCUACAGACUGGGCAAAGUCGAGGUGCACUACUUCUGCCUGCUCCUGUCAUCGUGUGUUGCUCAGAAGGGAGAAGAUGAGGAGGGAAUUCUUGGCUUCCUCCAAGAUGAUAUCCUAAAAGCUGCAAAUUUAUUGUCGAAAGUGCAAUGUACAUUCUGUAAUGGCGCUGGGGCCAACGUAAGAUGUCAGACCGCAAGGUGUAAAGUUGUGUUUCAUUACCCAUGUGGCGUCAAAAACAAUUGUUCUCAUAAGUUUUUGGGCCAGUUCCCAUCGUAUUGUCCUAAGCACCGCGUAACACAGAAAAUACCAAAACAGGUGUUCGAUAUUAUAAAAGGUGUUCAAUUGGAGUGUGUUGUCUGCUUGGACAAUGUUGAGCUCAACGAUAACACCAUCUGGGCACCAUGUUGUAAAAAGAACGCAUUUUUUCACAAACGAUGUCUACAGGGACUUGCUUUCAGCUUUGGAAGCUACGCUUUGAAAUGUCCGUUGUGCAACAAUCAACAAAAGUUUUCAAAGGCUCUAGUGGAUAAUGGAAUUUUUAUUCCAGAACAAGAUGCGUCUUGGGAAACAGAACCGCGAGCCUUUAGAGAACUGUUGGAACGCUAUUCUCGUUGCGAUGCGGUGAAAUGUGUCUGCCGGAGGGGACGUGAUUUCACCGACAACAAUAUAAACUCGAUGUGGCAAAUACUGCUGUGCUCCCUGUGCGGUUCGCAGGGUAUCCACAGGAAGUGCCUUAUGUCUAGGACAAAAUCUAGAUGGGAGUGUGAUACAUGCCAGAGCGCAGAAAGGACAGAGGACAGACCACCCCAAGUGGCCACCCCGAUUACAGCCCCAGACCCGGACCUAGCUGAUGAUGCCAGCACAGACUCUAAUAUCGAAGUUAUAGACUGUGAUGGUUAUGAACCUGCCUCAGUGACACCCUGCCUUGAACAAAGAAUUCCUGAAGUUCCUGAGAAUACCUCAACUUUCAUAACUCCCGAUAGGCAUCACCAACAAAGCAAUUUGAAUGAACAAAGAAUUCCUGAAGUUCCUGAGAAUACCUCAACUUUCAUAAUUCCCGAUAGGCAUCACCAACAAAGCAAUUUGAAUGAUGACAAUGACUCCAACAAUGAAGAUAGUGACUAUCAAAUUAUUUCUAUCGAAAGAAGAAACAAUGAAGAUCGUGACUGUCAAAAUAUUUCUAUUGAAAGAAGAAGUUUGAAGAGGAAAAGAUCAAGUGAUGAAAGUUUUCAUUCAGAGAAAGUCUUUGCUUCAAAUUUUAAUGUAGCCAAGGUAGAAGAGCAAGCUUCUAGUAGUUCACAAUCGGAAGAUUCAAUUAUUAAAGAUUUGAAGGAGAUGAAACCUUUUGAAUCGUGCCCUAUAAUAAUUGACGAUUCAGAUGAUGAAGGUGCCAACAUAAUCAGCAUUGACUCUGAUGACGAUGAUGAUGAUGUGAUUGAAGUCACCGAUAAUUUUACUCCGAUCUCACUGACAGAAGUGAUGAGAAACAGUGAAAACAACAAUAGUCCUAGAGUGGUUGGUAAAAUAGGUUCUUCACUGGUGACGUUCAUCCCCAGUCCAGCCAAAACAUCAACACCAACAUCAGAAUCAGCAUCAACAUCAGCAUCAACAUCAACAUCACUCAACACAUAUUAAUCAGAUCAGGUGACUGUUCCGUUCCUCAUGUCUAUGUUUGUAUUUGAUCAAUAAAUGAUGUCCAGUGAGCUUCAUUUCAAUGUGUGUUUGCUAUUUCAAUUAGAAAACUACUCUAUCAGUAACCCACCAAUGGGCUUUUGGUUACAAUCCUCGGUUAUGUCACAUGAAACAGCUACUUUACGCUCUGUUCGCAAUAUACAUUCUUACACUAAAAAUGAAAAAUGUACACUUGAUGUUAGCAAAAAAA